CGAGCGUCCUGAGCGGACCCCCCGCUGCCGCCUGCCCCACCAAGUGUACCUGCUCCGCCGCUAGCGUGGACUGCCACGGGCUGGGCCUGCGCGCCGUUCCACGGGGCAUCCCCCGCAACGCAGAGCGCCUUGACCUGGACAGAAAUAACAUCACCAGGAUCACCAAGAUGGACUUCGCUGGACUGAAGAAUCUCCGAGUCUUGCAUCUGGAAGACAAUCAGGUGAGCGUCAUCGAGAGAGGCGCCUUCCAGGACCUGAAGCAGCUGGAGCGAUUACGUCUGAACAAGAACAAGCUCCAGGUCCUUCCAGAAUUGCUUUUCCAGAGCACACCAAAGCUCACCAGACUAGAUCUGAGCGAGAACCAGAUCCAGGGUGUUCCGAGGAAGGCAUUCCGCGGCAUCGCAGACGUGAAGAAUCUGCAACUGGACAAUAACCACAUCAGCUGCAUUGAAGAUGGAGCCUUCCGAGCGCUGCGCGAUUUGGAGAUCCUCACCCUCAACAACAACAACAUCAGCCGCAUCCUGGUCACCAGCUUCAACCACAUGCCGAAGAUUCGGACUCUGCGUCUCCACUCCAACCAUCUGUACUGUGAUUGUCAUUUGGCCUGGCUCUCGGAUUGGCUGCGACAGCGGCGGACAGUUGGCCAGUUCACCCUCUGCAUGGCUCCCGUGCACCUGAGAGGCUUCAAUGUGGCAGAUGUGCAGAAGAAGGAGUAUGUGUGUCCAGGUCCCCACUCCGAGGCUCCGUCCUGCAAUGCCAACUCCCUGUCCUGCCCUUCUGCUUGCACAUGCAGUAAUAACAUCGUGGACUGCCGGGGGAAGGGACUGACAGAGAUCCCUGCCAACCUGCCAGAGGGCAUUGUGGAAAUACGCCUAGAACAGAACUCCAUCAAAUCCAUUCCUGCAGGAGCCUUCACCCAGUACAAGAAACUGAAGCGAAUAGACAUCAGCAAGAAUCAAAUAUCGGACAUAGCUCCAGACACCUUCCAGGGCCUGAAAUCACUCACAUCGCUGGUGCUCUAUGGUAACAAGAUUACAGAGAUUCCCAAGGGACUGUUUGACGGGCUGGUGUCCCUACAGCUGCUCCUCCUCAAUGCCAACAAGAUCAACUGCCUGCGGGUGAACACCUUCCAGGACCUGCAGAACCUCAACCUGCUCUCUCUGUACGACAACAAGCUGCAGACCAUCAGCAAGGGGCUCUUCGCUCCUCUGCAGUCCAUCCAGACCCUCCACUUAGCUCAAAACCCAUUUGUUUGCGACUGCCACUUGAAGUGGCUGGCUGACUACCUUCAGGACAACCCCAUUGAGACCAGCGGGGCCCGCUGCAGCGGCCCACGCCGGCUGGCCAACAAGCGCAUCAGCCAGAUCAAAAGCAAGAAGUUCCGCUGCUCAGGCUCUGAGGAUUAUCGCAACAGAUUCAGCAGUGAGUGUUUCAUGGACCUCGUGUGCCCUGAGAAGUGCCGCUGUGAGGGUACCAUUGUGGACUGCUCCAACCAGAAGCUGGCCCGCAUCCCGAGCCACCUCCCUGAAUACACCACUGACCUGCGGCUGAAUGACAAUGACAUCUCUGUCCUGGAGGCCACUGGGAUCUUCAAGAAGCUGCCCAACCUGCGAAAAAUAAACCUGAGCAACAAUAGGAUCAAGGAGGUGCGAGAGGGUGCCUUCGAUGGAGCAGCCGGCGUGCAGGAGCUGAUGCUGACAGGGAACCAGCUAGAGACCAUGCAUGGGCGCAUGUUCCGGGGCCUCAGUGGCCUCAAGACACUGAUGUUGAGGAGCAACCUGAUCAGCUGUGUCAACAAUGACACCUUCGCUGGCCUGAGCUCUGUGAGACUGCUGUCGCUCUAUGACAACCGGAUCACCACCAUCACCCCCGGGGCCUUCACCACGCUCGUCUCCCUAUCCACCAUAAACCUCCUGUCAAACCCUUUCAACUGCAAUUGCCACCUGGCCUGGCUCGGCCGGUGGCUGAGGAAGCGCCGGAUCGUCAGUGGGAACCCCAGAUGCCAGAAGCCCUUUUUCCUCAAGGAGAUUCCCAUCCAAGACGUGGCCAUCCAGGACUUCACCUGCGACGGCAACGAGGAGAGCAGCUGCCUACUGAGUCCGCGCUGCCCUGAGCAGUGCACCUGCGUGGAGACGGUGGUGCGAUGCAGCAGCAGGGGCCUCCGUGCCCUCCCCAAAGGCAUGCCGAAGGACGUGACCGAACUGUACCUCGAAGGAAACCACUUAACAGCGGUGCCCAAAGAGUUGUCCUCGCUCCGACAGCUGACGCUUAUUGACCUGAGCAACAACAGCAUCGGCAUGCUGACCAAUUACACCUUCAGCAACAUGUCCCACCUCUCCACGCUGAUCCUGAGCUACAACCGGCUGAGAUGCAUCCCUGUCCAUGCCUUCAAUGGGCUACGGUCACUCCGAGUGCUAACCCUCCACGGCAAUGACAUCUCCAGUGUUCCGGAAGGCUCCUUCAAUGACCUGACUUCCCUUUCCCACCUGGCCCUGGGAACCAACCCUCUCCACUGUGACUGUAGUCUGCGUUGGUUAUCAGAGUGGGUCAAGGCUGGCUAUAAGGAGCCUGGCAUUGCCAGAUGCAGUAGCCCAGAGUCCAUGGCGGACAGACUCCUGCUUACCACUCCUACCCACCGGUUCCAGUGCAAAGGGCCAGUGGACAUUAACAUCGUGGCCAAGUGCAACGCCUGCCUCUCUAGUCCGUGCAAGAACAACGGCACGUGCAGCCAGGAUCCUGUGGAGCAGUACCGCUGUGCCUGCCCCUACAGCUACAAGGGCAAGGACUGCACCGUGCCCAUCAACACCUGUGUCCAGAACCCCUGUCGGCACGGAGGUACCUGCCACCUGAGUGAGAGCCACAAAGAUGGGUUCAGCUGCUCCUGCCCACUGGGCUUUGAGGGACAACGGUGUGAGAUCAACCCCGACGACUGUGAGGACAACGACUGUGAAAACAAUGCCACCUGUGUGGACGGGAUCAACAACUACUCAUGCGUGUGUCCGCCUAACUACACAGGGGAGCUGUGUGAUGAGGUGAUUGACUACUGUGUGCCUGAGAUGAACCUCUGUCAACAUGAGGCCAAGUGCAUCUCCCUGGACAAAGGAUUCAGGUGUGAAUGUGCCCCUGGUUACAGCGGGAAGCUGUGCCAGACAGACAAUGACGACUGUGCAGCCCACAAGUGCCGCCACGGAGCCCAGUGUGUGGACGCAGUCAAUGGCUACACAUGCAUCUGCCCCCAGGGCUUCAGUGGUCUCUUCUGUGAGCAUCCCCCACCCAUGGUUCUGCUUCAGACCAGCCCCUGUGACCAGUAUGAGUGCCAGAACGGGGCGCAGUGCAUUGUGGUGCAGCAGGAGCCCACUUGCCGUUGUCCCCCAGGCUUUGCUGGGCCCAGGUGUGAGAAGCUCAUCACUGUGAACUUCGUAGGCAAGGACUCCUAUGUGGAACUGGCCUCCGCCAAGGUCCGGCCCCAGGCCAACAUCUCCCUGCAGGUGGCCACUGACAAGGACAACGGCAUCCUUCUUUACAAGGGAGACAAUGACCCCUUGGCACUGGAGCUGUACCAAGGCCAUGUGAGGCUGGUGUACGACAGCCUGAGCUCCCCUCCAACCACGGUGUACAGUGUGGAGACGGUGAACGAUGGUCAGUUUCACAGUGUGGAGCUGGUGAUGCUAAACCAGACCUUGAACCUGGUGGUAGACAAAGGAGCUCCCAAGAGCCUGGGGAAGCUCCAGAAGCAGCCGGCAGUGGGCAUCAACAGCCCCCUCUAUCUUGGAGGCAUCCCCACCUCCACGGGCCUCUCAGCCUUACGCCAGGGUGCAGACAGGCCGCUGGGCGGCUUCCACGGCUGUAUCCACGAGGUACGCAUCAACAACGAACUGCAGGAUUUCAAGGCCCUCCCACCUCAGUCCCUGGGGGUCUCUCCUGGCUGCAAGUCCUGCACUGUGUGCCGGCAUGGCCUGUGCCGCGCUGUGGAGAAGGACAAUGUCGUGUGUGAGUGCCACCCAGGAUGGACCGGUCCACUGUGUGAUCAGGAAGCCCGUGACCCCUGCCUUGGUCACAGCUGCAGCCAUGGGAAAUGUGUGGCGAUGGGCAGCACAUACAUGUGCAAGUGUGCAGAGGGCUAUGGAGGAGCCUUGUGUGACCACAAGAAUGACUCUGCCAGCGCCUGCUCAGCCUUCAAGUGCCACCAUGGGCAAUGCCACAUCUCAGAUCAAGGGGAGCCCUACUGCCUGUGCCAGCCUGGCUUCAGUGGCAAUCACUGUGAGCAAGAGAAUCCAUGUUUGGGGGAGAUAGUCCGCGAAGCCAUCCGCCGUCAGAAAGAUUAUGCCUCCUGUGCCACGGCCUCCAAGGUGCCCAUCAUGGAGUGCCGUGGGGGCUGCGGGAGCCAGUGCUGCCAGCCCAUCCGCAGCAAGCGGCGGAAAUACGUCUUCCAGUGCACGGACGGCUCCUCGUUCGUGGAGGAGGUGGAGAGACACUUGGAAUGUGGCUGCCGCGCAUGUUCCUGAGCCCCCUCUGCCACCUCCCCAACCACCCGCCACCUCUCAGACUCCAGCUCGCCGGGCUGGGGACAGCCACACGGAACCUCUUUGAGAUUCAGAAUGAAGGAGAGAAAGCUGGAGAGGAAGAGGCAAAAGAGAGAAUAUUAAGUAUAUUGUAAAAUAAACAAAAAAUAGAACUUAUUUUUAUUAUGGAAAGUGACUAUUUUCAUCUUUUAUUAUAUAAAUAUAUCACACGGUCUGAGUAUAUGUACUAUACAGUGUGUUAUUUUUACCGAGUUUUGUUUUGUGUUGUGUAUUUGUUGUGUUUUUAUAAACAACUGUUUAAAAUUUUAAGACAAAAUAAGACUAAUAAAAAAUGUUUUAAACAAAAGGGUAAGAAUAGAGAAACGAUAGCCUGUCUGAGGCAAGAAGAGGGAAUUUUGUGUGUAUGCAGCUCUUUCGAGUCAGCAAAACUGAGAGCUAUUUCCUGAGCUGGGGGAAGGGAGAGAGAAGGGGAAAUGUUCUUUGUUUCUCUGUGGUCUUUACCCCUCUUUUUCCCUCUUCCUGGCAAGUAGCGAGCUUCUCACAGUUCUGGCUGUCUAAGCCCAAUGUGCUUCUUGCUUCCAAAAAGCUGCUGGGCCCCAAAAGCCUUGUGACAGUCAGAGCUGCCCCUUGCCCACCAUCUGACCCAGGCCCCUGCUGGGCGUGAGCCCAUGGGGAGGCCUGCCUUCUUGGCCAGCCCUGGUCUCCUUGAGGGAGUUGACGCUGGUUUUGCUGAGCAAGCCGGGUCUGUUCUGCCAAAUUUGCAAACAGCUGCUCUUUUCCUGCCCCUCCCCAGGAAGCAUGUCCUCUUGAGAUGGGACAGGGAAAGAGCGAGCUACAACAUCUCCCCGGGCACUGGCCGUCCCUUACAAGUCUUCCUUCCAGCCAGUUUUACUGGAGUACAAUACCAGAGAGCAGGCACCAGGACUACCCAAGAACAGGACAGGGAGUCAUGUCUUCAUGGAUGCCCAACAGGCAGGCCUCUGGCAUCUGGCCCUCCAAGCAACCUUCUCACUGGCUAAGAACAACACUGUCCAGCACAUAUCUGGAAACCCACUUUAUUCAACCCCUACUUGUCUGGUGCAGUGAACCCCAUUUCUUAACUGAAGACACCUAGCCCCUCUCAGCCUCCAUCACUUGCCUUAUGCCAUCCUCUGAUAAGUGGGGGAACCUGGCCUGGAGCACAGACUCAACUAGAUUCCCCUCUAGAAUGAGUGGACACCGGAGACAGGCAGCAAAAAGACCUGUCAACAAAAAGAAAGCAGAUGUUUUUCCAGCUGCCUUUUCUCUUUGCUCUGUUUUUGUUCAAGUCUCCCUUCUGCCUCAUUCGUAUCUAGGAAGUUUCUAGAGACAGGGACUCAGACAAUAAUAGCAAGCACUGUAGUCCAGCUUCAGAAUGUUCUGGAAGGGCAUUUUGAUCUCCCACAUCUUUCCCCCACCCUCAUUCCCUCCCUCACAGCCCUCCUCAUUUAGCCCAUGUGACCAGCAUCUCCGCUGCUCACACCAACCCCCUGGCUCUGCUCAUCCAUCCUUUCCCAAGAGCCUCCGAUGCUGUAGUCUCGAGGAGAGUGUGGGGACCUUCCUGUUCUGAGGGUCCCCUGAGGAGCUCAGCUACUCUGUGAGGACUGAUGGUAGGCCAAAAACUCUAAAGAAGGGAGAGAGAAAAGAGGAAGUAGAGGAACACAAGGCAAGUGGAAGACUGGGAAAGAGAGUGAAGGAAUGUGCUAGAGAAACCACUUUUGAACAAGCAUAUGAGUGUGCAUUGUGUUCCAGGGAGUGUACGUCAUGAUGGGUGUGUUGAAAAUGUUCAUAGUUAGAUUUAGGCAGUUCUCACUACAAUACAUUCAGAUGUCACUGCAGUUGUGGCCCAUGUAUUUAUUUAUUUAUAUGCAUGUAUCCAUUUAAUUCUCAGACAGCUCUAUGUAAAACCAUUACUAACCUACUUUAUAAUAUAGUAAGCUGAGAUGGAGAAACUAAGGAUCUUACCUAAAAGGAGAUUCCUAAAAAAGUUAUAGGAGCAAAGGUUUGAGCCCAGGUUGUCAGAAUCCAGAAUUUGCUCACUUAACCACUAUACCACACUACUUCUUUUAGGAAGGAAACACACUGUGCCUUUAAGGAUCCUACAGUCUGGAGCCAUGAAUGGUGACUAAAUGGACAGCUGCUUGGUUGUACGACACUGAUUUUGGCCAAAAGGUCAAAAAGCAGUAAUUGCUUGAGAUAUAUAGGUGAGGAGUUGAGCAGUACAGGAAAUGACCCACUAAAAAACGGUAAAAUGGGAAAAAUCCUGGAAUGUUUGGUGAGCAGCCAGAGCCCAUUGGUGGCAGCAAAGUGGAAUGACCCUGUAGGGCCACAAGAAAUGGGAAAUGUGAAGGCAGCCACACACACACACACACACACACACACACACACACACACACACACACACACACAAGCCACAUGGCUAGGCCCCAGAGAGCCAGAGACUUGGUGUGAUCAGACCAGUAGCAGGAUAGGAUAAAAUGGGGAGCCAGAGACGUGUGUGUGUGGAUGGGAAAGCAGACUUUAUCCCUCAGAAUGGCCUCGGGGCUCCUAGUAGUUCACUUUGUGGUUGGCACACACUAAUCUCAAAGUCUCCGUGAUCGCUCAGGAAUUCAGUUCUGGGAGAGGUGUCCUGGGAUGUGCCCAGUGUCCCCUUCCACCCCUCCUGUCCCUCCAGCCAACUCAUCCCCAACAAAUGGGCCUGAUCCUUAUUCCAUCCCCAACCCCCCUAGCGCUGGGAGGAGAUGCUGGGCUGUAAGCUUUCUCUCUCUGGCCACAAGGACCUCGGCACGUCCCUCUUCCAUUCAGCCUGUGUUCAUCUCUGAAUCCAGCUGCAGUCAGCCAAGGACAGGAAGGGCCAGGUUCUGUUUCCACCAAGUAUGGCUUCAGAGCCUUCUCAGCUUUGAAAGACCUGACUUUACAAGGUGCCAAUCACCAAGACCAUCAGGAAAAUCAUCCCCCAAAUGAAGUUUCUCUAAAACGGAAAUUUAGAAACUUUGUCCUUGAGAGUAGCCAGGUUCUAGGACCAGGAAAACUCCAUGCACAGGAAGAGGUCAAUCCAUUCACACUCUGAAAAGUAUGGUUUAAUGUCUGUGUGGGGAUGUACACAUGUAGAAGAGUCCGUCUGCUCUGUUACCCCCUAAGCAGGGUCAGGAGAUAGAAGAUCCCUUUUGGAUUCACCAAAGAGGGCAGGGGCUCCAGAUGGUUAAUAAAAUGCUACACCUAAAAGCUCUGUAAAGUACUGAGCAAAGCCCUAAAAUGUAAGAUGUUGUUAAUACUGUUGUCAAUGAUGUUACUGACAUGCCAAACAGCCUUUUUUUUUUUUUUUUUUAAAGAAAACUUUGCCUUUUCCAUCUCAUUGCAAGGAGUCUGAGGCUUCAGAAAAUGAAAUGGGGGAGGGGAAGAAGAUUUCCCAGGGUCAGCAAAAGAGGAGAAAGGCUCAAGGGGAUCCUCAGGAGCCCGGGAAUGACUGGACUGGGACUGAGUCAGCCUUGCAUUCCUCAGCCAAGCAGCCACCCAUUGUCUCUGCUUGGAGCAGGGACCCUUAGCAGCAGAUGAGAUACCCUUCAAAGAGUCACAGGACCCCAGGUAGCAGAGUUGGAGGGACCCUUGGGGUCGCUGUGGGUCAGAAAACAAGGAUUAGAGAAACCAAGUGGUAGCUACCACAAAUCAAAGUUGUGUGGGUGAUUCAUGCCUAAAGGCAGCGAGGGCUCCAAGGGGUCCAUACGGCCAGUUCCUCUUGCUAUUCCACAAUGGGCAUCCAGGCAGAGCAAAGCCUGAGACUGAACGCAUGAACAGAAGUAUGACCUCUAUCUUCCCACAGCCAUCUCCCCGGGUACUCGUAGAUGCCUGGGAAGCUGGCACCAUGGUCAGCUUUAGAGUCACCCAUAUUGUCAACCGGGAACAUAAAUAGCACCAUAGGAACCCCUGGGACAAAGCUAAUCAGAGAUGGGAGCCAGUGGGACCAAUUAAGGCAGAAUUGGCACUUGGCAAAGCUUAUUUCACUAAUUCAAUGGAUUCUAAUAAGGAAAAUGUUUUUUUAAAAAAAGUAACAGUGUUUCAAUGCCACUUCCUCGGUAUGGAAUAAAUAAUGUGCACUUCUUGCUUCAACAUUCUGCCAUCUUCUGAUGUCAUUUAAAUAAAUAGAUGUGUCACAGGGAGUCCACGGUGCUCUUGUGAAUGCAUAACUCA